AUGGAGGAACUCGUCAAUCCCAAUCCCACUGUCUUUCGCGGCAAUUUGGGGAAGCGGAAACGGACAGUUGAACAGGAAAAGGAGGAACUCUGCGAAGAUGUAAGGGACCCCAUCGACGGGUUGGAAAUUUAUGAACUGAUUCGCACCAUUCGUGACCCGGAACAUCCCAAUACAUUGGAGGAACUUCAGGUUGUUGACCCAAAACUGAUUAGUGUGGAUGAGGAAAGACAAACGGUGCGUGUCCAAUUCACUCCUACAGUUCCACAUUGCAGUUUAACCACACUAAUUGGCCUUUGCAUUGGUCUCAAACUCAAAAGGUGCUUACCGCGCAAUAUGAAAGUUGACAUAUGCGUUACACCUGGAUCACACGAACAGGAGGAGCAGGUAAACAAACAACUUGGCGACAAGGAACGUGUGGCUGCUGCGUUAGAAAACACAAACCUCUUAAAUGUAGUGGAAUCAUGCGUAAAUGCCUUUGAAUGA